AUGUGUUCUGUAAUGCAGGUGAAUGUGCCGAAGACACGCAGAACCUUCUGCAAAAAGUGCAAGAAGCACCAGCCUCAUAAAGUUACCCAAUAUAAGAAAGGAAAAGAAUCUGUGUAUGCACAGGGUAAGAGGAGAUAUGACAGAAAACAGAGCGGUUAUGGUGGUCAAACAAAACCUAUUUUCAGGAAAAAGGCAAAGACAACAAAGAAGAUUGUUUUGAGGCUGGAAUGUUUAGAGCCUAACUGCAGAUCCAAAAGAAUGCUGGCCAUCAAAAGAUGCAAACACUUUGAGCUGGGAGGCGACAAGAAGAGAAAGGGCCAGGUCAUCCAGUUCUAA